ACUCACACACACUCUCACAUACUGACACACACUCUCUCUCACUCACACACGCGCGCACACACACUCUCUCUCUCACACACGCGCGCACACACACUCACCUUCCUGAGCUGUCAUGUCUGUCUCCUCCUUACCGGAAUGGAAGCAACUCCUGCUGGAGAGGAAGAGGAAGGAGGAGGAGGAGAAAGAGAGGAGGGAACGUGAGGAAGAGGCCAGGCUGGCCAGCAUGCCCGCCUGGAAGCGAGGGAUCAUCCAGCGGAGGAGAGCCAAGCAGGAAGGAGGAGAGAGGGAGAGAGAGCGAGGGAGGGAGGAGGGAACAGUAGAGGGCGAACCGCUGCCGCAGCGGGUCGCCACGACGAUGGAGAGUCGGGUCUCCGUGGAGACGAUCCGCCCGGUGCGCCAGAACCCGUUCAUUCGCUCCCAGAGCGGCUGGAGGAGGGGCGGGCAGGAGGUGGGCGGGGCUACGGGAGAGGAGGCGGGCCCAGAGCAAGCAAAGGUAGGGCGGAGCCAGGGUGGGGAGGCGGGGCUAGAGAGGGAAGGCGGAGUGAGGGAAAUGAGUGGCGUGCCAGAGAAAGAGAGGUGGGGGGUCAGAGAGAGGGACAGGGGCAACGGGAGGGAGGCCGGCACCCCACAGGGGCAGAGAGAGGAGUGGGCAGAGCCAGAGGGGGGCGGGGGUCGUGCGUACCCCCUCUUCCCCCGGCCCCUGGGUCCCUCCCUCCGAACCAUACGGGCCGAGAACAUCAUCAUCAUCGAGAAGGAUGGGGGCGGAGAGAAAGAGAGGAGAGAGAAAAAAGAGUGGGGGAGAGCAAAAGAGGUGAAGCCGGGCAUUCAGAGACAGAGAGACUCGGAGAGAGAGAAAGAGAGGGAGAAAUGGCCGGAGGGAGACUCAGAGAAAGAGAGGGAGAGAGAGAAAGGGAGGGAGGGAGACACAGAGAGAGAGAGGGAGGGAGACAGGGAGGGCCCAGUCGUCAGAGAGAGGGGUUGGGCAGAGACCGGCGUGGGGCUGGUCAGCCAGCUGCGGAGUAAAUUCGGGGAGCAGCCGAAACCCCCGUCCCGCUCCAAAAGCUCCGACUGCUUCGUCCCGCCUCCCAGGAGGGAGGGGCGUGGCCCGGGGGUGGGGGGUGUGGAGGGGGCGGAGGGGAAGGCGGUCGCCUGCAGGGGUGUCCCGAAACGCUCCUUCAGCUUCUCGGACCGGGCGAUCUGCGCCAGGGAGAACGGAGGGCGAGGGGAGUGGGCGGGGCCAAAACAGCAGGGUCGCCGCGGCGACGGCCCAGGGACGAGCAGGGGUGGGGACUGCCCCAAUGAUGAGAGGGAGGGGGCGGAGCACCAUGAGGGGGAGGGGCCAGAAGGGGCCGCAGGGGCGGAGCCUAAAAAAGAGGUAAAGGGAGUUGGGGGGAGAGAGGUAGAGGAAGGGAGUGGAGGAGGAGGAGGAGGAGGAGAAACAGGGGGAGAGAAGGAGGAGGGCUUCACCCUGGCCUCCCUCAGAAACGUGGAGGGUGUUGGGUUCGCCCGGAGGCUCCUGGUGCGGCAGGAAGCGAGGGAGAGGGAGAGGAUGCUGGGAAAGGGCAGGGAGGACUGGAGGACUGAGGGAGAGGAGGAAGCAGCUCCAGGAAGGAGGGGGGACGGAGGAGAGGAGAAGACGCCCUUUUGCCCAAACGCCACGGACAGCCCCCCCAUCGUUCCCAUCACCCCCAUCGCCCUGGCAGAGCACCCGACCCACAGGCCCAGAGACCCCCCCGCGGGGGGCACGGAAGAGAGGGAGAGAGGGAGCGAGGCCGGGUGUGUGCCCAGGGCAGAGGUUCACAUACCCAGGGUGCACUUCUACGGGGAGGAGACCACACUGGGGGCGGGGCCGGGGGCAGGCUCAUUACUCCCGAGUGAGGGAGGAGGGGAGGGAGGGAAAGAGGUGGAGCGGACGGAGGGCUGGAGGGCAGGGCGACCUUUGACCCGCAUCGAGUCACUGCGCGAAAAGAUCAGGCAGAAAGAGAGGGAGCGGGAAAGAGAGAAAAAGAGGGAAGGGGGAGAAGUGGAAGAGAGCGGGACAGGAGAGGGAGAAGCAGAAAAAGAGGAAAGGGAGGGAGAGAGGAGGCUGCAGGCCGGAGAGGGAGAAGGAGAAGUGGAGGAAGGGGGGAUGGUGGAGGAGGAACGGGUAGAGCCGCCGCCGCUCCGCCACGUCACGCAGGAACAGGAAGUGGCCGUGCCGAAACCCGGGCCCCGACUUCCUGCCUCAGUAGAGAGAGCAGCGUUCUCGAGCGAAGCAGCAGCAGCAGCAGCAGCGGGAGAGAGAAGCUCCGCACCACCGCCGUCUCCGGGAGUCCAGGGACCGGCAGGAGAACAGGUACAGGGGGCAGCGGCUGACGGGAGCCCCCAGGACUCUGCGGAAGAAACGGAGGAAGAAAGUGAGGGCGACAGAGGAGAGAGGGACCGCCAGCCGCGCUACCUGCCUCCCUCUCUCUCCCCCUCCCCCGCGCGCUCUCUCUCUCCGCCCUCGCUCGUCCACAUGAGCCGCAUCUACAGCUUCGCUGCGGCCGGCUGCCGGGGCGCCGCUUCCUACGGCGGCCGGAGGGCGGAGCCUGUGGGACGGGGGGCGGAGCCAGAAGAGGAAGGGGUGGGGCCAGGAGCCGCAGGGCAGGGGGCGGUGCAGGCGGGGUCUGGGGGGGGCGUGGCUGCCGUGCAGAAACAGGUGGAGCUGCUGCACCUGAGGGAGCAGGAGGGGGGGAGAGCGCCACUCCAUCCCGGCCGAAAAGGCAGAGGAGAGGCGCAGCCCGCACCCCACGCGCACAGGACGUCCCAGAACCCCCCGCAGACGCAGCUGCACAGCCGGGGGACGCAGCCCAGGCAGCCCGCCCCACCCAGCCAGCCUCAACCCCCCCGGUCUUUCACCGUCACCCCCCGGCCCGAGCCCCCUUCACCCAAAAACCCCCCGCAGGCCGCCCCCACCGGCCCCUCGCCCCCCCUCUUUUCCCUCAGGACCUCUGGGGGCACCCAGGGCAAAAGGGGCAACACCAUCACUAUCACCCCCCGCAAGACCCCCGCUGGCCCGGGGGCAGCCAGGACGGGGCCCGCCCCCAGCCCCGCCCCCGCCCCCACGCCCAACGGGACGGCCGCAGCACCCGGGGACGGGGGCAGGAAGAGGUACCCCACGGCAGAGGAGAUCCAGGUGAUCGGGGGGUACGAGAGACUGGACAGGUCCUGCCUGGUGAAGCAGAGCCGGAGGCACAAGGGGGUGAAGGUGUGCUUUGACGAGACGCAGCUGGAGCGGUUUUGUGAGUACCCGUCAGAGAGCUCUAUGAUGGCCUGCUUCCCCUGCCCCGCCCAACCGAACCCGGAGCGGGAGAACCGGGCCAGAGAGGGGGAGGGAGACGAGGAAGACGAGGAGGAAGAGGGAAGCGUGUUCACAUCCGGGAGUGUCAGGAUAACAGGGCCAGAAGCGAGCCGAAUGCUGAGAGUGGAUGAAUCAUGCCGUCGAUGAGAGGGCAAUCACCUUGCAAAUUUCCUCAGAAGAAAUUAAUUUCUCCUAAAAAUAUGGGUCUUUCGUCUAAAUCUCACAUGUAUUGGCUAUACAGCGUCUGUGGGUGAAACUCACAGGCACUUUCAGUUGCUUUCUGAUUUCAACCAAUUACAGUGUUUAUAUCAUAAUAUGCAGGAUAUUUACUUCGAAAAUAUCAUAAAAUAACCAUGCUCAGUCAUAUCUGUGAUGCACUGCCAGUUUCUGUCUUCACACACUUUUGCCAAAUUUGCACACCUUUAACGGUAUUUGUUAUUCCACAAUGUGUUUGGGAUGUUUCUUUGGUGUGGCACUCUUUUCUGUGUGUGGAGGGGUGGGCGUGGCUACAGAGCCUGUGGGACCAGCGGAUUGUUUGUUGCUAGCUAGCUAGCCGCUCCAUAGGCCCAGAUACAGCGAAGCACAAAGACAAGCCGAAAGAACUACGGUUAACUUUGGAAUCGCUUUUCCUCGGUGGCGUCAGCUGAAGUUCACCACGGAGCUGAAAAGUGAUGCGGAGUUGGCUUGUUUUCUGUUGAACCUGUUAGUAACUGGCUACCCAUCUGGGGUCGCUAGACAUCUGUUUUUUGAUCCACAUGUCUGGUUUUCAAAUUAUUUGGACACGUCCGGUAUAAGUGCAAAAACAGUGUCUCUGCAAUGAGUACCUGCGCCCAUCUGUUUCCGGGUCAAAUGUCAUUUGGACACAUUGACUCCCUCCUGUGUACACUAUGUGUACUUCGGAACAUGGUUUUACGAAUGCAUACAUGCAGGUUACUGGUACAUUAGAUAACUUAGUAGCCUGUAUGUAGCUUUAUUAGCUAUAAAGGUAGCUAACAAUGCUCUGUAGCUAGACAGCUAGCAAGCUGCUAACCUGCGAGAUGAUAAAGCCACGUUAAAUUUGGUUCCAUUUAUAUCACUCUAUUGUAGCUAUUUGCACUUACCUGUAACUAAACACGUUUCCUUGCUAAAUAGCUUGAUAGCUAGCCAAGUAGUUAUUGAAAUGAUAGGCUAUUGAUAAUGUCCAGAAAGGGGUCGAUACGUCCACCCAGUUGACACCAGAGGCAAAAACAGACGGAUGCUGAUUUUGCAGAGAUGCUGUUUUAGCACUUACACCGGUUUAUCAUCCGAAUAACUGAUGGGAGAAAUUUACCAGUAAUUGUUAAUGAAUUUGUGUGUCAGUGACGUGGUUGGGUACUCUGGGGUGAGUGGGCGGGGUUGAAGACAGAAGAGGAGAUUUCUUUGAUUGUACACACAGGACCACAGCAAGGCUAAAAAUCCUGCAUAGUAUGCCUUUAAUACAGUUUGCUGAUUGGCUCAUGUGUCAGAAAUGGUAGCUCUUGAAAGCUCACUCACUUUCCAGGUUUGGGUAAAAAACUCAUAAAUAUCAUAAAAUUUAAAUCUGAGCUUCUGUCAGAGUCACAGUGGCUUUUAAAAGAGGUUAUUGAUUUAUUAUCUGUUUAAAUGUGGUCAUGUUUAUUUCCCCUGCUAGACCAUUCACACUUUUUUAUCAGUUCAUUAAAAUUCAUUUUCAUUUCAAUUAAUUUUUUAAAUAAACAGUGCUAACCACAUAAUUUUUUUAAAUGAACUAUGGUAAUGUCAUGAUUAUUUUAAAUAGACAAAAUUGUGUAGAGUUAAAAACAUGUUGUAUACUUCCACAUUAUCAUUAUAAUUGUAAAUAAUUUUAACUCGUGGUAGAGACAGCAAAGUGUUGUGUAGUUAUAUUUUUCACUGCACCUUGAGUCUGUUCUCUGCGCUCUGAGUCUGCUAAAUAUGGACAAUGAAAGAUCAUAUUUUUAACUGCACGUUCUUUUGAAUGAAAAGGGGAGAAUAGUAAUUUUCUACUUAGCCAAAGCAUGCAUGUGUGCACAUUUCUGUUUACAAAAAGAACAUAAUUUCACAAGGACUGUUGAGGUCUGUAAUUUAUAUGUUGAUAUCCUUAAAAGGGCUUGAAGUCAUAGCUUUAUUGAUUUUUAUUUUGGUGCAUUUUAACUUAUUUCUAUGUCAGAUUGAUUUCAUUGUAUUUCAACUCUUGGCAAAUGUUUCAGCUUUUUUGAAUUGGGGUGGGGGGCGGGCUGUUUUACUCUAUAUAAUACUUGUAUGUAUUUACUCUAUUAAUACUUUGUUCUGAUAUUUUUGUUCAAUUUGUUUUCUAAUAUGGUUGAAGAAGCUGGCUUCACAAUAUAAAAGUUAAUAAAUUAUUCUAGA